CAGUACACCUACCUUGUAGUGAUAGGUACUUAAACUUAACAACUGGUUGUGAUAAAAAUAAAUACACUAUUAAAGAUUACUGCAUAUUGUUACUGUGAUAGUUGUGCCUUUUAGUUAAACAAGUUAUAAAGUUAUUAUUUUACAACAAUGGUUUUAGCCAAAAAAUAUGUGGUAAUAACUCCGUUUGUAGGGGAGCCGAAGCUGGAAAACUUUAUAACUGUUGAAGAAGAAAUAAGACCACUAGAGAAAAAUGAAUUUUUAGCAGAGGCACUAUACAUAAGUGUAGAUCCGUAUCAGAGGGUAAAACUUGGAAACACAUUCCCUUGCGAUAUGAUCGGAGGACAACUUGCAAGAAUAACUGAAAGCAAAAAUCCAGAUUUCCCAGUAGGCGCGCUGGUUAUGGGCCACUUCGGGUGGCGCACGCACACGAUCGUUCACCCUGACAACGAGAAGCUGUGCGGGCAGAAGCCAUACAUGUAUAAAUUGCCGGAUUUCGGAGGACUGCCCGUGGAGUUGGGGCUGAGUAUGUGUGGGAGAGUUGGCAAUACUGCCUAUUUCGGCUUCACGGAAAUCUGCAAACCAGUAGCUGGAGAAACUGUAGUAGUGUCUGGAGCGGCGGGCGCCGUCGGCUCGCACGUUGGACAAAUUGCUAAAAUUUUAGGUUGCAAAGUAAUCGGUAUAGCCGGGUCGGACAACAAAUGCGCCUGGCUAGUCAACGAGCUAGGUUUCGAUUACGCGGCCAACUACAAAACCGAAAACAUCGCAGACUACCUCAAAAAGAACGCUCCCAACGGCGUGGACUGUUACUUUGACAACGUAGGUGGGGAGCUUAGCAGCACUGUAGUGGCGCAUAUGAACGAGUUCGGCAGGGUCGCCGUGUGCGGGGCUAUCUCGAUCUAUAAUGAGACUGAUCCUAUGAAGCGUAAAGGUACUUUUCUUCAACCCUACAUAGUUGGAAAACAAUUGAAAAUCGAAGGUUUCCAAGUCAACAGAUUUGCUGAGCGUACUGCAGAAGGCAUACGACAAAAUUUGCAAUGGGUGAAAGAAGGAAAACUGAAAUACAAGAACCAUAUCUAUGACGGAUUCGAAUCCACAGUAGAUGCAUUCAUAGGUUUAUUCAAAGGAGAUAAUACGGGGAAAUCUAUUGUUAAAGUAAAUUAAAGCAAAGACUAUAAUAAAAUGUAAAAUAUUAAAAAUAAAUGUAUUAGGAAAAUUAUAAUUAUUCAAAAGCACUUACAUUAUAUACAAAUAUUGAUUAA